UUGUGCAUCCUAAAAGUUGGGAUCACAAAAAGUUUGUUCUUCUUUCCUAAUUCCCCCCAUUCUUGUUCUUGCUGCCCAUUCAUUCCAUAGCCAUAAACUUAAUACUUGCUCUUUUUGUUUGGCACGUGUACCACGUGUGAAUCGCACGCUCCAAAGAUAAGGUCACACAAAUCACUUCAUCCGUGUCACGCAUAUGCUUAGACACGCUUGGCUUCCUUCACACGCGUGAGAAACCCUAGCCUUCGCAUGCUCGCCGUGUUCCGCCGGAUUUUUGCCGGAAAACCUUCCCGCGAAUCCUAAAAUCUCCUCUCCUAUCCUUCAGGUUCUUUCUGUAGAGAAUAUCAAUUUUCCUUCCGUCACUCUGCUCCGGCUAAUUCGCCGGAAUAUUUAUUAUUGUAUUUAGAUGGAUCUGGUUUCUACAAGUGAUGCUCGUCGGCUUCUGUUCAUGUCCCAGAGCAAUUAGAUGUGAAAUGACGCAUUGGAGCUAAAGAGCCAAGCCUCUGUAAUCAUACAAAAAAUGUCUUCUGAAAUACUUUAGUCAAAUUAUUAUGCUGAAGCAUAACGCUGGGCUAGUAGAAUGUCAUCUGCAUGUGAAGUUUGAAAUGUGAUAAAGCUCGAGCAAACAAAGUGGGAAAAGAAAAGCUGGAAAAUGGCAUCAGAGAUGCAGAGAUAUGAUACAAAUGAAGAUGACGAAGAGAUGGAUGUGAAAGAAGAAGAUGAUGAAGAUGAGGAUGAUGAAGAUAAGAAUGGCACCAUGCAUGCAAUGGCAGGUUUCGAUGGGGCACAUGGAUCUAGCAGCAGUAAUAGGUUUCAACACCAUCAGCAAUAUCAGGAGCCGCCAACCCCACAAGGGGGAUCUCGUAGAUGUAGGCCAUUAGAAGAGAAGGAAAGAACAAAGCUUAGGGAGCGACAACGUAGAGCUAUUACUGCUAAGAUCUUGGCUGGUCUCCGAAGGCACGGGAACUAUAACCUUAGAGUUAGGGCUGAUAUCAAUGAUGUUAUUGCUGCUUUGGCAAGGGAAGCAGGCUGGGUUGUCCUUCCAGAUGGAACCACCUUUCCCUCAAAAUCACAUUCACAGGUCACUGGCACUACUGGUGGGACACCCACCACAAUGGUGACUUCAUCAUCUUCACAUAUACCAACACAACAUACUCCACCUGCUUCGUUGAAAGGCACGCCUUCUGGGUUUCAGAACACAGCCGAUCACAGUGCCUUUCAAAUGAAAAGUGUGUUUAUACCUGCUUCUUCCCCUUAUGAUUCAUCCUCCACUGCCCGAUCACAAACUUCAGCCAUGGUUGCAGAUGGACAAGACACACAAAAUGACCCAUUUCUUGUAGGGUCUGGGGAUUCAAUUGACAAGGAGGUUAUUGACAUACACACAAAGUUACAGGAGCGUGAUUUUGCUGGGACACCCUACAUUCCUGUUUAUGUUAUGCUACCUUUAGGAGUGAUUAAUAUGAAGUCUGAGCUUGUUGAUGCGGAUGGUCUAGUGAAGCAACUGAGAGUUUUCAAGUCAAUAAAUGUUGAUGGUGUGAUGGUGGACUGCUGGUGGGGCAUAGUAGAGGCAAAUGCUCCACAGGAUUAUAACUGGAAUGGAUAUAAAAGGCUGUUUCAAGUUGUGAGGGAGCAUAAACUCAAAAUAAAGGUUGUGAUGUCCUUCCAUGAAUGUGGAGGUAACAUUGGUGAUGAUGUUUGUAUUCCACUGCCUCACUGGGUAUCUGAAAUCGGUCGAAGCAAUCCUGAUAUAUAUUUUACAGAUAGAGCAGGACGGCGAAACCCUGAAUGUCUGUCGUGGGGAAUUGAUAAAGAGCGCGUUUUGAAAGGGCGCACUGCUGUAGAGGUCUACUUUGAUUAUAUGAGAAGCUUUCGAGUUGAAUUUGAUGAGUUCUUUGAGGAUGGUAUUAUUUCCAUGGUUGAAGUAGGACUAGGCCCAUGUGGGGAACUAAGAUAUCCCUCUAAUCCUGUAAAGCAUGGCUGGAGGUAUCCUGGAGUUGGUGAAUUCCAGUGUUACGACCAGUAUUUGCUGAAAAGCCUGCGCAAGGCGGCUGAAGCAAGAGGACACUCAUUCUGGGCACGAGGACCCGAUAAUGCUGGUUCCUACAAUUCACAACCACAAGAGACUGGAUUCUUUUGUGACGGGGGUGAUUAUGAUGGAUAUUAUGGUAGGUUUUUCCUCAACUGGUACUCUCAAGUUCUGGUUGACCAUGCAGAUCGGGUGCUUUCUUUGGCCAAGUUAGCUUUUGAUGGAACAUGCAUUGCCGCAAAGCUAUCAGGAAUUCAUUGGUGGUAUAAGACAUCUAGCCAUGCUGCCGAAUUAACAGCUGGGUUUUAUAACCCGAGCAAUCGAGAUGGUUAUGUUGCAAUUGCGGCAAUGCUGAAGAAGCAUGGAGCUGCACUGAACUUCAAGUGUGCUGAAAUGAGCAUGUUAGAGCAGACAGUGGAUUUCUCUGAGGCUUUAGGUGAUCCUGAAGGAUUAGCCUGGCAAGUGCUGAAUGCGGCUUGGGAUGUUUCUCUACCAGUUUGCAGUGAGAAUGCACUCCUGUGUCAUGAUAGAGGUGGCUAUAAUUGUUUAUUGGAAAAAGCUAAGCUCUUGAAUGAUCCGGAUGGGAAGCAUAUUUUUGCUUUUACCUACCUUAGGCUCGGUCCCCUUCUCAUUGACGGACAGAACUUCAUGGAAUUUGAACGAUUUGUUAAGCGCAUGCAUGGAGAAGCAGUCCUUGAGUUCCAAUCGUAGUUCGGGAGAGCAGACAAUCUUCACUAUGUGCAUAAGUUCCCUGACUUCCCUCUUCCUUAGGGAAAGCAGGAUUAUAUAUAUUUGUCAGUAUAAUUUAAGCAUAGUUCAGGAGAGCAGGCAGUCUCAGCUUGUGAGCAAAUCCCCUCUGGGAUUACAUUUCUGUAGUAGAAUGUAAGAAUACACUUCCAUAGGAAAUAUGAAGCUGGCAGUGUCGAACUGCAAUUUGACAUAAGAUGUAUAUUCAUGUUGAAGAUGAUCACAUACCGUAACUUGACCUAAGAUGUGUGGUUCAUGUCGACAUACUAUCUUAAACAAUUUCAGUUGUAGAAAACAAACUAGUUUUCAAGGUGCUCAAA